AUGCCCUUCGCCCUCGAUCCCACCCAUCCAGCCUCAAACCGCGUCUCCGUUCUUGUCCUCGACGCCUCCAACGCCCGCAGCCACGCCCAAGCCCAAGCUCACGCCCAAGCCCAAGCUCAACUCCAAGCCCAGAACCACAUUCGCACGUGUACCGCCGCCCACGACCCCGCGCGCAAAGAGCUCGUCGCGCUCCACCGCGCCGCACGCUGCUUCGGAGGCCCACCCUAUUUGAACCCCGCUAUGAACGCACAAGCCAACGCCAACGCCAAUACCAACGCGGCCGCGGAGAUGUAUAUGCAGAUGUACACGCAGCGGACGCAAUGCUCCGCGAUCGUGUUCCCUGAGUCCGCAAGGGCAUCUGUGAAGAGCCCCGCGCGCGCUUCCGAAUCCUCCACCCGCCCCGCAAGCCCGCGCCCCAGCACGCCUCCCCGCGCGCGCAGCGGCGCCUCGACCGAGUCCCCCGGCGCGCGCGCGUCGGUAUCCACAGUCGGCUCGGGCUCGGACGCGGGCGCAAACACGAGCACCGGUACGCUCAGGCGGCGAGGGUCGGGCGUCACGCGUGCGUGGUGGUCGGGGUCGGACGCCUCGGAUCUGAGCGCGCGCGCGAGCGUCGGCUUCGAGGCGGACAGCGCACGCGCGGGUGGGUGA